UCCCCAUAGUGUGCCCAGCGCCUUCUGCCACACUUAACAUGGCGGCGGCGGCGCCCUGCCGAGGCGCCUGAGCGGGUCGCGAGCGUGGUGUUACACUCCAGUCAUGGCGGCCCCAGGACAGGCCGUGGGCAGCGGGGCUCAGGAGACAUGCGGUCUGGAUCGGAUUUUGGAGGCAUUGAAGCUGCUGCUGAGCCCGGGAGGCUCGGGCUCAAGUUCACUACAGGUCACAAAACAUGAUGUCUUGUUGGCUACUUUAAAAUCUAACCUGUCUGCUUUGGAGGACAAGUUUCUGAAGGAUCCUCAGUGGAAGAAUCUGAAACUCCUAAGAGAUGAAAUUGCUGAUAAGGCAGAAUGGCCACAAAACUCUGUGGAUGUCACUUGGAGUUUUACCUCUCAAACCUUGUUGUUGCUUUUGUGCUUGAAGGAAACCAUGAUCCGCCUUGCAGCUAAUUUCAAUCCAGGUAAACCCAACCCUAGGACUCCGGAGGUUGCUCCUGCCCUGAGCCCCGAUGCACUUAGUAUCUCACAACAGAAGACUGUCCAGUUCGUUUUGCAGUUUGUAGUUACCUUGGGUAUCUGCCCCUAUCUCAUGCCUGGUGUUGGAGUCCCUUUGAGAUAUAGAACUGAGUUUGGUGCCGUUGUUCAAGACGUGGUGUGUUUUGAUGCUGCCCCCGAUGCAACUCGAAGACUGUACACCAGCUGCAAGGCCCUUCUGAAUGUUGCUCAGCACACAUCUCUGGGGAGCUUGAUCUUCUGCCACCACUUUGGGGAUAUCGCAGCAGGUCUGUGCCAACUGGGAUUCUGCCCAACCAAAAGAAAACUGCUAACACCUGCAGAAGAGGUUCUAACUGAAGAGGAGAGAACCCUAUCCAGGGGGGCCUUGAGAGACAUGCUGGAUCAAGUCUAUCAGCCCUUAGCAGUCCGGGAACUGCUUAUCCUCCAGGGAGGACCACCCCAGUCCUGCACAGAUGUGAAGACACAGAUGAGGUGUCGGGCCCCAGCUUGGCUUCGGCGUCUAUGUGGACAGCUGCUCUCUGAAAGGUUAAUGAGACCUAAUGGUGUUCAGGCAGUAGUCCGGGGCAUUUUGGAAGGAGCAGGUGCGGGAGCAGCUGGUGGAAGUGAUGCUGAGGUGGCGGCUGCUGACUGGAAGAAGUGUGACCUGAUCGCAAAGAUUUUGGCCUCUUGUCCCCAGCAGUCUCUUUCACCAGAGAAUUACUACAGGGACAUCUGCCCCCAGGUUCUGGAUUUAUUUCACUUUCAAGAUAAAUUGACAGCACGACAAUUUCAGAGAGUUGCCACCACUACCUUUAUAACUUUGUCAAGAGAACGCCCACAUUUGGCAGCAAAGUAUUUGCUCCAGCCAGUGUUAGCUCCUCUUCAUCGAUGUUUGAAUACAGCAGAGCUGUCAGAGAGUGACAUGGUACCAGGAACUAUUUUGGUGACAGAAGAAGAACUUAGUAGAUGCAUUGAGGAUGUGUUUAAGGUGUACGUGGUUGGGAAUGAACCUUUAACAGUUUUGAUGGAUUCCGUGCUUCCAGUCCUGGGAGUGCUUUUUCUUCUCUACUGUUUUACUAAGCAGAGUGUGUCUCACAUAAGGUCACUUUGCCAAGAAAUCUUAUUAUGGAUUCUGGGGAAGCUGGAAAGGAAGAAGGCAAUUGCCAGCCUGAAAGGAUUUGCAGGGUUGGACAAAGCUGUGCCCUCUCUCCAUUCUCUGUGUCAGUUUAGAGCUGCCACUCAAGGUGGCAUUAUGAUUACCAUCAAAGAGGCCAUUAGUGAUGAAGAUGAAGAUGAAGCCCUGUACCAGAAGGUAUCCUCUGAGCAGGGCCGGGUGGAGCAUCUCGGGGACUUGCUGUCCCACUGCCAGGAAUGCGGUUUGGCAGGAGACUUCUUCAUCUUCUGUUUGAAAGAGUUGACUCAUGUGGCCUCGGAAAAUGAAACAGAGUUAAAAACUGAGCCCUUCUCCAGCAAGAGCCUCUUGGAAUUAGAGCAACAUCAGACUCUUCUUGUGGAAGGCCAAGAGCGGAAGCUGCUUGUCCUGCAGCUGAUGGCUGUUCUGUGCGAGAGAAUGUCUGAGCAGAUAUUCACAAACAUCACUCAGGUGGUGGACUUUGUAGCAGCAACAUUGCAGAGAGCCUGUGCAAGCCUGGCCCAUCAGGCAGAGAGCACCGUGGAAUCACAGACGCUGAGCAUGUCCAUGGGGCUGGUGGCUGUCAUGCUAGGAGGAGCUGUUCAGUUGAAGUCAAGUGAUUUUGCUGUUCUGAAGCAGUUGCUGCCUCUGUUGGAGAAGGUAUCCAACACAUACCCUGAUCCGGUCAUCCAAGAACUCGCUGUUGAUCUCCGCAUCACCAUCUCUACCCAUGGAGCCUUUGCCACUGAGGCCGUCAGCAUGGCUGCCCAAAGUACACUGAACAGAAAAGAUCUGGAAGGGAAAAUAGAAGAGCAGCAACAAACCAGUCAUGAAAGACCCACUGAUGUAGCUCAUAGCCACCUUGAACAACAGCAGAGCCAUGAGACAGCCCCCCAGACAGGCCUGCAGUCAAAUGCUCCAAUCAUUCCUCAAGGAGUCAAUGAGCCCAGCACUACUACAAGUCAGAAAUCUGGAAGCGUAACCACAGAACAGCUCCAAGAGGUUCUUUUGUCAGCUUAUGACCCUCAAAUUCCAACACGGGCUGCUGCCCUGCGUACUCUUUCCUGCUGGAUAGAGCAGAGAGAAGCAAAAGCCCUUGAGAUGCAAGAGAAGCUUCUCAAGAUAUUCUUGGAAAACUUGGAACAUGAAGACACUUUUGUAUAUCUAUCUGCAAUACAGGGGGUUGCCCUGCUCUCAGACAUCUAUCCUGAGAAAAUCUUGCCGGACUUGUUGGCUCAAUAUGACAGCAGCAAAGACAAGCACACACCAGAGACCAGAAUGAAAGUCGGGGAAGUCCUUAUGCGAAUCGUCAGGGCAUUAGGAGACAUGGUCUCAAAGUACCGAGAACCUUUGAUCCACACCUUCCUGAGGGGAGUGAGAGAUCCGGAUGGUGCUCACAGGGCCAGCAGCUUGGCCAACCUUGGGGAGCUGUGCCAGAGGCUGGACUUUCUGCUGGGCUCCGUGGUCCAUGAGGUAACAGCUUGCCUGAUUGCUGUGGCCAAAACAGAUGGUGAAGUUCAAGUACGCAGAGCUGCCAUACAUGUGGUUGUGCUGCUGCUUCGGGGACUCAGCCAGAAAGCUACUGAGGUGCUGAGCGCCGUCCUCAAGGAUCUCUACCACCUGCUGAAGCACGUAGUGUGUCUGGAGCCCGAUGACGUGGCCAAGCUCCAUGCCCAGUUGGCCCUAGAAGAGCUGGAUGACAUCAUGAAAAACUUCCUGUUCCCUCCACAGAAGCUGGAGAAGAAGAUCAUGGUCCUGCCGUAGACCUGGCUUCAAGGACAUGGAGGAGGCAGGCAGGGCCAGGCACCCAGAGCCGUGCCCAGGUCUUCCAGCAGGUGGCCCUGCUGCCUCUUGAGUGCUGGCAGCAUGGCUGACCCUCAGGGUGGUUUUAUGGUGCAGGUCACUUGGGUCUUCAGGGUCCCUUCCGAAGGCAUCUGUUUAGCACUCCCGCAUUCAGCCUGAGGGGUGUGCAGUUAAGAGAAAACAGUUACAGAUCUCAUUAAUCUACAUUUUUCACUGUCCUCUAGCAUUGAAAGAAGGAUGUCUACCUGGUGAAAGUAUAUUUUAACAUGACUGAUGGAAUUUCACUAAUUGCCCACUCUCUUGGAACUUGAGGAGAAGCGGUUGGCCACCCAUAUGUCACCUAGCUCUAUAUUCUUUCAGGCUGAGAUUCUUCUUCCUCAGGAAAAUGGGGAGCAGAACUGGCCACCCUUGGCUGCUCAAGAGGCAUUUCAGAGUAGGAGAUGCAGUUGGAGGUGGGGAGGGGAAGGAAAUAGUUAUCAAAUAAUGCAAAAUGGAACAAAAUUAUCUUGGAUGGAAAGAACAACAGGGCUAAAUCUGGUCCUCUGGUGUCGAGAUGGAAAACUGUGGAGUUGAAGAGGCUCUGAUGCCCAGAAAGGACAAUCAAGCUGGUUGACUCUUCCAGAGAAGAAGGGUAAGCCCUCUAUUUAUCCUCCCAGGCCAUUCUUCUUCACUCUUGCUGCUGUUUGCAGAGAGUUGCCCUGAUUAUCAGGAGAAAAGAACCACGAGCAUCCAGAGAGUUUACAUCCUGCCUUCUGUCCUCUGCUCCUUCAGAAAGAUGAAUGCCUAGACAAUGGGUUCACACUGAAUGCAGGCUGGAAAGAAUGCAUGCUGGUGGCCUAAUGCCAGGGCUGUUGAAACAAUUUCAGAUAUAGCACUGUGGUCUCCACUUUAUUUCUUUAUAUAUUUUGGCCGCUGCAUUUUGAUUGCAGCUAAAAGAGAUAACAGAAAGGAGAUACUGGCUGGCUGCUUCAUAUUAGCCCUCUCUGUUGUCAACACCUUGAUGAGGCCAACACAGAGAUGCUUGAUCAGUCCUCAGCUUUGCAGGGCUAGAUACAGAAUUUUAUCACAGGAUUUUAUCACGCUCUCUGGGGUGACCAGACCCACAGGAACCAAAACGCAGUUUCCAAAAGCUGAGUGACUGAAGGAUCUAUACACAAACAUGGCUAUUUGCUAGUUAACAACAGGAUAUUUCUCUCUGGCCAGAUCACAGACAUGGUUCUGAGUCAGAUCUUCCUUGGUGGCAUCCCUUUAAAGAGGCCAUCUUAUGAACAGGAUCACAAGUGAGCUUAGUGAGCAGAGAAUUAGAACAAAUCUAGCUAGGUGUGUUUAAGGAAUAUUUCCAUUCAGCUAGUGUAGCUGUAUUAAUUUCUAUUCUCCAAAUCAAGGAUGUCUAGAAAAUGGGCAUUGUGGCUUUCAAAUCUAAGAAGAAUCUCCUUUGGGCCAGCUGGAUGUACAAUAAAAAUGCUUGUUUCUUGGCCUUCCUUUAA